AGCGAGAUCGAUUGCUGGAUGGUAGCUGCGAGGCGUGCGUCAAGUCGGAGCAGGUGAAGAAACAGAGUCAUGUUCCAAUCUCACGAGCAAAAAGACCACUGCAACGCGUCUAUAUGGAAUUUUGGGGUCCUAGUCGAGAUAGCAUGGGUGAAGAGAAGUAUUAUCUCUCACUGAUUGAUGAUUGUACACGUUACUCAUGGAUGUUCCUGAAAUCUUCUUGAAUGAAAUCCGGCCUAUCGGCAUGGGCUUCUCGCUGUUCGGUCACUACCCCCAUUCUGCUCCAGACCGCGUCCAUGGGCUUCAACAAAAUGUUGGUUGGAAGUACUGCUUCGUGAUUAUCUGCUGGUCCGCUUUCUUCAUUCCGGUCAUCUAUUUCUUCUUCCCCGAGACCGCCCGCCUGAUCUCGGAAGAAAUAGCCAAGAACUUUGGAGAAGAGGUCGCUGUCCACAUUACUGAUGCGACUGACGCUGAGAGGGCCGAGGUUUGGUCGACAAGUCACCCAGCAACCUCCGACGUCAGCCUCCGGAGAAAGCGAGGGAGAAACGGCGAAGGAGACAGAAGCGCCAAAGGUUGA